CGCCACAUCCUGGUGGGUGAGAAGAUCAAAGGCUACUGGUGUAUGGAGGUCUGGACGCCCGUCCUGUCCAAGAUCUACAACCUCUACAUGAUCCUGGUCGUGUUUAUCCUGCCCCUGGGGCUCAUGGCUUACGCCUACAUCUGCAUCUGUCAGCGGCUGUGGCAGGUCAGAUACCAGCACUCAACCAUGCGGGCCACACAAAACUAUGUCCGGCCCGAGCGAGCCUUGCUACCGCUGCCCUCCCCACAGUCUGGCACAGAGAACCGAACAUUCCUCAGGACGUCCAUCUCCGUCUAUGGCAAGAGGAUCAGCUCAGGCAACGAAGAUUCCACCAGGAAGCAGGUGGUGAAGAUGUUGGUGUUUGUGGUGAUCCUGUUCGCGCUGUGCUGGGGGCCCAUCAUGUUCAACAACGUGCUCGUGUCCUUUGACAUCCUGCCCGAGCUGCACCAGGGCUUCAUCAAGCCCAUGAGACAAGCCUUCUGGCUAAUGGCCUACAGCAACUCAUGUCUCAACCCUAUCGUCUACGGGUUCAUGUCCAAGAACUUUCGCGAAUCAUUCCGGAACACGGUGCGAAUCUGCGUCAUGAGGGGAUCAACACGUGACAUGGCCAGACACAAGGCGCUGUGGAGGUGCUCGUUCCAGGCUCACACUAGUGUCCAGGUGAACAACAGGUCCCCACAGGCGUGUGGCCGGGCCAUCACCGACCCCUACCGUCUGUGUGUGGGACCCAGACCAAGCAUGAGCAGCCAGGGGUCGACCCAGGUCACCCACGUGAAGAAGAUGGACAGCCACGCCAUAGACGCCCCUGAUUUUGAUUGA